AUGCUCACCGACGCUCUGGUAGUGGCUAAACCAGGCGCUCCAUUUGUGUACCAGCAAAUCGAACUAAAUGACAACCUCCGACCUGAUGAGGUGCUGGUGCGCAUCAAAGCCACGGGCGUCUGCCACACAGACCUCAAUUUCUCCAAAGAGAAAUCCAUGCCGGAGCUCUUCCCGGCGGUGCUCGGUCACGAGGGCGCCGGGAUUGUUGAGCAGGUCGGUACGAGUGUGACCAAGGUGGCUCGCGGCGACCACGUCAUUGUUUGCUUUACGUGCUGUGGAGAGUGUAAAUACUGUCUACGCAAGGAAACGCCGUACUGUGAUCUGUGGUUUCAGUAUAAUUUUGGAAUCGGCAGACUUGAUGGGUCGAAGACCUUUUCUUCGAGGAAAACCGGCCAGAGAAUCACGAGCCAUUUCUUCGGGCAGAGCAGUUUCGCGAAGAAUAUUCUGGUCGCGGAGAAUGGGUUGGUUAAGGUCGAUGAUCAUAUUCCCUUCGAAAUGCUGGCGCCGUUAGGUUGCGGCGUGAUGACGGGCGCGGGAGCAAUGCUCAACGUGGUCGUGCCAACUUCAGAUAUGGCAGUCGUUGUCGUUGGAGCUGGCGCCGUUGGGCUAUCGGCCAUCAUGUCACUGAAGCUCCUGGAACACCCACCGAAGAAGAUCAUCGCGGUUGAUAUUGUGGGAUCUAGACUGGAACUAGCUCGAUCAUUUGGCGCAACUCACGGGGUCAACUCCAAAGUCCGGCCUGAUCUGAUGAAGGUCUUGAUGGACAUUACGCGCGGAAGAGGCGUGGACGGUGCCAUAGAUACCACUGGGAAGCCCAAUGUUAUCAAGGCUUUGAUUCACAGUGCAGCGAGAAAAGGCAAGGUCGUCACGGUCGGCGUGGGCGAUCUCUCAGCCGAAGCAUCUCACAACAUGUUUGAAAUGGUCAACGCUGGAUGCAGUUAUAUCGGCUGCAACCAAGGAGACUGCUACCCUCAAGAAUUCCUCCCCGACCUGCUGACAGCCAAUCAACUAGGGAAGUUCCCUUACGACCAACUCAUCAAGACUUAUCCGGCGCGUGACAUUGAAGAGGCGGCCCACGACAUACAUAGUGGUAAGACUGUUAAAGCAGUUUUACUGUGGGAGUAA